UCCGGGGAGAGCGGAUAUAGUGAAUGCAAGGUCCGGGGAGAGCGGAUACAGUGAAUGCGGGGUCCGGGGAGAGCGGAUAUAGGGAAUGCAGGGUCCGGGGAGAGCGGAUAUAGUGAAUGCGGGGUCCGGGGAGAGCGGAUAUAGUGAAUGCGGGGUCCGGGGAGACCAGAUAUAGUGAAUGCAGGGUCCGGGGAGAGCGGAUAUAGUGAAUGCAGGGUCCGGGGAGAGCGGAUAUAGUGAAUGCAGGGUCCAGGAGAGAGGAUGUAGUGGAAGGAGUAGAGUCCUCCAGCAGAGAAGAGUAUUUCAGGAGAGGAGAGUCAUAGAGGAAGCAGACACUGUCGAAAAUACGUUCCAUCUAUGGUCGUUCCUGUUUGAGAGGAUUCAAUCUAGUGAU